ACUGGGAUUACCCGGACCUAUCCGCUCCACGUGAUCUAUUUUUUUUGCUAUGGAGAAAAUUCCGCUUGUAAUUUUGCAUUGAGCGGCGACUUGAGGUUCUCGCCAACGACUACACCGACGAUAUGCUGGUUCGCACGGCACACAGAGCAGAGACGACUUUACUGGCGUCUCGCCAGGGACUGCCUCGUCCAGCUCGUCUUUAUUCUACUCCCACCCGGCGUGUUAAUGCACCUGCACUCGCAACAAUGCCGGCGCCGCAACCUGAUUUCCCCGCCAAUCUACUGAGGGAAGCUGCUACCACUCAAUACACGAAUGAACUGGCUGGAUACCUGAAGCAGCGAACACACUAUACGUUCCUGCCCAGCGUACGCCCAAACGACAGUUCAUCACCCAGCAACAAUGAAUGGUAUGCAGACUCGGCCACGCAGGAUCUACUUGCAGUGAUGGAUGCCUGCAUACACAACCUUUACGAUGUUCCUCGAGCAAAAUCCAUAUUUGACCGUUUGCGUCGCAAAGCGGCCAAGUCAGUGUUGGAGACCCGCAUAUACAAUACCCUCCUUGAGGCAUAUACCAACAUGUCUUAUUCCACAUACGACAGCGACUAUGAAACUAGCAUGUAUUGGAUGGACACGGCUUGGGAUUUGUUCGAAAACAUUGAAAAGGGCGAGGAGGGCAUCGAAUCCAGUGCGAGCACGUAUGCGAUUAUGCUUCUUGCUUUAAAACGAUGUGGCCCUGGAUCAUCCAAGCCCAUGGACCAACUCAAUCUUCCCAAAUAUAACGAACUCCUCUCUUCCAUUAUUUCAAGGGGCCAUUCCGUUUCUGCUGUGGUCUCUGAUCGUGUAUUCACCGACUCUGAGGAAGCCGCUGCCGUCAUCAAGGAACUCUCCCAUGCCGCUGUAGAUCUCAAUAUGUCCAACAUCGUCGCUGAGUUGGGGCAGGCAGAGGCAAUUGGUACCACUUAUACGGAUAUUCGCGACAGUAUACCAGAGAUUGUCCCCGUGACGCGGAUAAAGCGCUCGGAGCCGUUGGUCGAUGGUGUCGACGAUGACUACAUGGAAGAAGGAGAACAGGAAGCUGUCGUUCCCUUUAACCUGGACAAUCUACGCCGGCAUCUUGCUCAGGUGAACUAUGCUCGACGCGUUCUUCCUGAGGAUGUGGCCGCUCGCCAAAAGCUUCUCGAAGAAUCUGUUUAUGACGUCGCCGUAGAACGAUUAAAACACGAAGCUACCGUAUUUGACAACCUUGGUAUAGGAGGAGCCUACCAAAAAUCUAUACGGAAAUGGAUGUGGGAAUGGCACGUUGCGCUACAGGAGCGGCUGAAAGAGGAGAUCAAGUCGAUACAAACAUUGGAGAAGAAGGCCAGGAACAGGCGAUUCCUCUCUCCCUACCUGACUUUGGUUCAGCCCGAGAGGCUGUCCUUGAUCACCAUUCUUGAGCUCAUGCGACUACAAGGGUCGGGCGGUGUGGCGGAGGGUAUGAAGACGACAAGAGCGCUAAUAACAUUGGGGCGCGCGGUCGAGAUGGAGUACAAGGCUCAAAUGUGCAAGAAGAACAACAUUCAAGUCCCCACCAACUUCAAGACCGACAAAGGUUUCUUCACCGGUCUUGGAUAUCAAGAUUUGAUGCAGAGGAGAGUCGUUGCAGCUCGGCAAAUGACGGAUGCAGAAGCCUGGACCUCUUCAUGGACGCAAGCGACUCGGUCUCAGGUCGGAGGAAUAUUAGUUGAUUGCUUGAUGGAGGUUUCAAAGGUCACCAGAACGGCCACUGAUAAGACAACAGGAGAAAUAAUAACGGAGGAACAGCCUGCAUUCUAUCACUCGUACGAGUACAUACGGGGUCAGAAACUGGGCGUUCUUAGGCUCAAUCCCGUUGUUGCAGAGGGCCUAGCUAAGGAUAGUCUACGGGAAACACUUCAUCCUCGCCACCUGCCUAUGCUAGUUCCUCCAAAGCCUUGGGUAGGUCCGGAAAUGGGCGGCUAUUUCUACAACCGAUCUUCUGCCAUGCGAUACAAAGACUCUGUUGAACAGCAAAGUUACAUGAAGCGUGCGUCUGAACAGGGCAACGUGGAAUUGGUUUACGCUGGGCUAGACGUUUUGGGUUCCACGCCAUGGAAGAUAAACAAGAAGAUUUUCGACGUCGUUCUUGAAGUUUGGAACGCUGGUUAUGGUUUAGGUAAAUUGCCCCCUGCAGUCUAUCCGCAUCCUGAACCCCAGCCGCCUGCGGACAACAAUAUGAAGGACCGGGCGCUGUACAUGUAUAACCUCAAGCUUUAUAACCAGGAGAAGGCCAACAACCAUUCGUCGCGAUGUAACGUCAAUUACAAGAUCGAGAUUGCUCGUGCUUUGCUGGGCGACAAGAUCUAUCAACCCCAUAACGUGGAUUUCCGUGGCCGUGCAUACCCUAUUCCUCCUCAUUUGAACCAUAUCGGUGACGAUCUUAGUCGGGGAUUGUUAAUGUUCGCCGAGGGAAAACCUCUUGGCGAGCGGGGACUUCGUUGGCUAAAAAUUCAUCUCUCUAACUUGUAUGGAUAUGACAAGGCCAACUUCGAUGAGCGAGAGCAAUUCGUCAUGGAUCGGCUAGACGAAGUCUUCGACAGCGCUACCAAGCCUUUAACUGGCUCCCGUUGGUGGACAUAUGCUGACGACCCUUGGCAGUGCUUGGCAACUUGCAUGGAACUUCACGCUGCACUCACAUCCGAAAAUCCUACGGAAUACCUGUCUUCGCAACCUGUGCACCAGGAUGGCACGUGUAACGGUCUGCAGCACUAUGCUGCCCUUGGUGGUGAUUCGCGUGGUGCCCAACAGGUCAACCUUGCUGCUGGUGAUCGUCCCUCCGAUGUGUACACAUAUGUCGGAAACAUGGUGGAAACGAUUUUGGCUCGGGAUGCAGCUGCCGGAGAACCACUUGCAGACAUACUGAAGGGCAAGAUUUCCAGGAAGAUCGUGAAACAGACCGUCAUGACGACGGUAUAUGGAGUUACCUACGUCGGCGCUCGUGAGCAGAUCGAGAAACAGCUGAGGAACGUCGAGAGUCUGAAGAACGAGGACACCUGGACUUUGUCGGCUUAUCUCGCUAAAGUGGUGCUGGCGUGUAUUGGAGAUCUUUUCAGUGGUGCCAAAGAUAUCCAAAACUGGCUAAACUUGUGCGCUCGGCUUAUCUCUCGAUCCAUUCCCGAAGACCGCCUACCCGAGGCUUUGGAAGAAUACAACAAUAAGCGAGCGAACCCUUCAAAAGUGCUCCCCGCGGAACAGAUCAAGAAGGAGCUGAUGACUUCUGUCGUUUGGACUACACCCCUCGGACUGCCCAUAGUCCAGCCAUACCGGAAGACGAAGCGAAAGCAAGUUAUGACUGCCGUGCAGACGGUGUAUAUUUCCGACCCCCUCAGUCCUGCUGAAGUCAAUUCACUCAAGCAAGCUUCUGCUUUCCCACCCAACUUCAUCCACAGUCUGGAUGCGACUCAUAUGAUGUUGUCUGCUUUGGAAUGUCAACGACAAGGCUUAACUUUCGCUGCUGUUCAUGACUCGUAUUGGACGCACGCUUCGAGCAUCGAUCAGAUGUCUGUGAUCAUCCGAGAUACAUUCAUUGCUCUGCAUCAAUCCGAUGUGCUUGGCAAACUUCGUGAAGAGUUUGUUGAGCGUUAUAAGGGUUAUAAGAUUCCUCUCAUCAGUCUGCGCGGCGGCCAGAUGGGCAAGCUUCUCCGUAAUGCGGGUGCCUCGCUCAAAGUCACUGCAGAACAAGCACAGGAAUAUUCUAUGCUGGGAUCACUGAUGGAGGUCACCGAAGAGGGCUCGACAUUUACACAUUCAGCUACAACUGCAGAGGCUGAGGAAGUGAACAGCCGACUAGAUGAGAUCGAGGAGACCCUGGUAGACGAGGAUGAGGAGGACGUGGAUAUUGAGGAUUUCUCAGAGGAUGGAGCUGAACUAUCCGACCGUCAAAAGAAGCUGAAGAAACGGAAAGCUAUAAACGAAAAAGAGGCGCUGAAAUUGGUGGGCAAGUUUGUGGACCUUGUCGACCUCCUUCCGCCUGUCCCGAAAAAAGGUGACUUCAGAGUAGAGGCGAUCAAGGCGUCGCAAUAUUUCUUCUCAUAGGCAUCGCGCAUUUCACCCACCCCACUUCAUCACCAUCCGGUCCUUGGUGGCCUUCACGUCGUUAUCUUAUUGCAACUUUCACUUCAUAUUUGGUUUUCGAUGCACCAUCAUUGCUUAAUGUAUCAAUAAGUACAGUACCCUAUAUAUUAGACCUAGAGGAGAACAUAUUAGGAGUUUAAACGAACACGGGGGUACCACUGAGAAAACCAUUGAUGAGGCUCUUGGAAGACAA